CGGAAAGAGGAGCAGAGAGCCGGGAGCCGUCCCACUUUACUGUCUGAGCUGCUGGCCGCAGUCACGACGACACAUCUGACUCACCCGGAGAUGUUUCGCUCGGCGGGGAGCAAGAAGAAUGACAAGGCCGCUGGGCGGGCGCCCACAGCAGCCGGGAGUGCAGGUACGACACAGGCAGGGAGGAACUACAGGGCCCGAUGUGUAACAUCCAUCGGUCACGGCCUGGCAGUUCAUUCUAGCGUUAUGCUCUGCUUGUGCAGAUAGUCCGUUGCCGAAGCCAAGUGAGUGGUUCAAGCGUCCCUUCAUGCGGCAGCAUCAACAGCAGCACCAGGCAGCCGACGAGUCCACCCAUGGACAGGUGCCAGACAGACCUGACGCGCCGCCCCGAGUUUCCUCGGUGGACGGUCUGCCGGAAGGUGGGGGCGACGGGCUGUCUGACAUCGGCGACCUGGGCCUUCCGGCCAUCAGCGAGGUUGAGGCCCAGAAGAUAUCCGAGGGUAUCGACCACCUCGCAGAUAUCAGGAGCGAGGGGGACGGCGAGGCCGACGAGGCGGAUGACUAUACUGACGCAGCUAGUGACGCCCUGGAGCCAACCGACGGCAUUGAGCUCACGACAGGCCCCGAGGGGCGCCAACAGGACGGCCAGGAAGAGGCAGAGGGCGAGGCAGAGGGAGAGGAAGAGCUGCAGCGGCGAGGCCGCGGCAGGCUGUCACAGGCCGGGCUGGACAAGCUGGGCGAGAAGGCCAAAGCAAGUGCCAUUGCAAGGCUAGAGAAGGCCAGAAGAAGGUACGUACGAACGGGCGGCAGGCACCACGGCCAGCCAACGGGUGCACACACCAAAUACAGACAGAGCCUGACCUACACAUUUCACAAGGACUUCAGUUUUGCGUGUGUGGUAUGCGUUCGUUCAGGCGUGUAACUGAGUCGACAGCCAGCGCGCGUCUGUUCCAGUCGCUGCAGCUGAUCCCAUUUGACGUGCAACGGGUGUACAAUUUGCCCGAGAGCCUCAAGUCAGAAUUGGUUGGUUUGAUGACAUGCCUUGUGGCCGAGCAUGUGGACAUGGGGCCCUCGCAGCUGUGGGAAAUGCCUUCGCCGCCGGCCAGCGACCCUCACCCGCACCCCCACGAUCUCACCGACCAGUGGGGCAGGGAACUGAUCAAGACUUUCGCCACCAUCAUCGGCCUGCCCGACACACACAGCCGGGCCUUCGUCAAGAUGUACGACUUGCGCACUGAGAUGGACGGUGGGGGUGGUGGGGGUGGGGGUGGUGACCCUGCUGACAAGCCCCGGUUUCGCCGGCUGAGUUUCUCCAAGCGGCGCUCGCAGCCUCCUCCCUCGUCCCCCUUCUUUAUCGAGCCCUUCACAAGAGCCAUCCUGGACUACUGUGAGACGGACCAGUCCGCCAUCACUACCGUCUUCGACAAGGCCAAGGCAGCGGCGGUGCAACGACUCAAGGCCGAGAGCGCCGCAACGACACAACAGACCGACAGCCCUGGUGGGGCGGCCACUCACGAGCCGAGCAAGGACGCGUCCCCCCAGCCAUCCGAUGCCCCCGCAGCAGCCGCAGCCGCCGCAGUGGAGGCGUCUUCAUCUCAGGAGUCGGUGGACCUGCUUGGUUUGGAUGAGCAGCCACCAGCAGGGGAGAGCAGCCAUGACGAUGGCUUUGACGAUAUGGUUGGCGAGGACGAGGUGGCGUUGGGUGAGCCGCAGCCGCCAUGGGCGUUUGUGGAGUCGUUGGAGGCGCCCAGGAGGUGCCAGGUGCUGGUCAGGGACCUGCUCGUGACCAUAGUGACCAGAACAGGGUGCUUCAACGCGAGGGUGCAUGCCAUAAUUGUUAGAUUGGGCUAUCACUUCCACCUGGGCGAGCUAGCCAUCUCGCGACUGGAAGAAGACCUUGGUCAGUGCAGUGCAUACUCGACCAACGAGCACGCUAAUGCAUGGCAUGCAUCAAUCUACUGCGCCUCAGGUGAGCAAUUAGCAAGCCAGCUGGCCGUCAAGAAGCAGGAGGACAAGCGGGCAAAACGGUAUGCAUGCGUGAGGUGUGAAUGAGGUGUGGUGCCUCCCUCCCUCCCUGUACCUCCCUCCCUCGCUUGGUGUCCGUCCAUUCGUGUCUGUCCACCAGAAACCGGCGGCUCAAAGUGGCUGGUGCUGCCGUCGGUGGUGGAGCCUUGAUCGCUCUGACGGGUGGCCUGGCGGCGCCCGCCAUUGCGGCAGGAUGGGCUGCCCUGGGGCUGGGCGGGGCCGUGUCGGCUGGCGUGGGGGCCUUCCUGGCCUCCACUGGCGGCACUGCUCUUGUUGCCUCUCUCUUUGGUGUGGGGGGUGCUGGGCUGACGGGGUGGAAGCUCAGCCGGCGGAUCGGACAUCUGAAAGAAUUCGAGUUCGAGCUGCUCAAGGGGGGGAAUGCACUGCAGGUGGUGGUGGGGGUGAGCGGGUGGCUCGAGACACUUGAUGACGUCACUGCACCAUGGGUGGGUGGGUGGGUGGGUGGCCAUCGGGCGGAAGGGGAGAGAGAGGGGACGGAAAGCGAUUGCGACCUGGACGUCCAUGUGUCUCUUUUGGUCGCAGGCUGAGGGACUGCAGGGCACAGUGUGCGACCUGUACGCACUGCGGUGAGCAGCUCUCGGUCCCAACAUGCAAGAGGUGUUUGUUGAGGUGGCCGUCUUCCCUGUUGGUUGGCUGGUGUCAGGUGGGAGUCUCGUGAGCUUCUCGCACUUGGCCGCCUACUUCUGAAUAUGAUCGCACAGGAAAGACAAAUAAGGCACGGAAGAAUCCACAUGGAGGGAGGGAGGGUGCGAUCUGCUCCGCUUGCCUGGGUGGGUGGAUGGUUUGUACAGGAGUUCGCGACUCAUGCAGCGCAGUACUGGCUCAAGACGACCAUCUAUGGCGCUGUAGGUAUGGCGCUCGCCUGGCCCGUGUCGCUCAUCAAGUUCGCCUCCAAUUUAGACAACGCGUGGCUACUGUGCAGGUCAGUUCAUCCUGCCUGCCGACACAAGACGCCCUGCCAGCUGGCAAGCUGCAUCAAGUGUGUCCUUGUGUGGUGGCUCAGGCAGCGGGCGCAGCAGGCCGGCACGCUACUCGCUGAGGCAGUGGCGGACACGCAGACGGUGGGGCAGCGACCAGGUGGGCAUCCAGCUGGACUCGUCCACUUGAUGGCGGAUGCUCGCAUGGGCUUCCGUGGUGUGGAUGUUAUUUAGUAACCCUGAUUGGAUAUUCGAUGGGCGCCAGAGUCAUUUUCCAUGCACUGCAAGAGCUGUACAGACAAGUGAGGACGCCACGCCUGGCCUGCACUCCUGAUAUCACGGGAUACCGCGUGUGUGUGUGUGUGUGUGUUGCCCUUCCCUCGUUCGCGUGGAUGGUUGCUGCGACACAGCGGAAGUUGAAUUGUGUGGCUCAUGUGGUGUUGAUGGGUCUCCCGACGUCGACGGACACACAGCUGUGGCAGAGGGCGAGAGCAGUGGUGGCCGGCCGCCUCGUCAACGUCUACGCAUCGUCUGACUGGCUGCUUGGCUUCCUCUUCAGAUACAUGGAGUGGGGCAUACAGGUCGGUCAACAGCCCUUUCCCACCAACACGCAACACACAUGAGCAGGCAGGCAGGCAGGAGGUGUUCAUGACACAGUGGCACAAAAGUGGAUCGACACACACUCGUUCGCCGCCUGUCCGUGCACCCAUCAGGUUGCGGGUCUUCACCGGGUGGAGGGCGUGGCUGGGGUGGAAAACGUAGAAGUACGGGGCCUCAUCAAGAGUCACGAUCAGUAUCCGCUGAAGUGUUCGGAGCUUUUGACUAUGGUUGGUCUGCCGAUAUGAGUGCCACGAUGUAGAGUAACUGUUUCUAUUCUGUAUGUAUAUUGCAACCUUGAGUAUAUGAGUGACCUACAGUUUUUGUGGUGUGAUAACACGAC